UUGCUAAGCGCAGCGAUGAGACGGAUCCGGCGCCGGCAGCCCAGGGAAGGGGGAGGCGCGAGCGAGAGCGCGUGGGAGCGCGGAGGCCAGAGCCGGGAGGGAGAGCGAGCGGAGAGAGACGCCGGGGAGGCGCGCGGGAGCGAACGCCCGCUCGGGAGCCGGAGCCCCGCGGCAGUGCGGCCGCGCCCCUGCCCGAGCCCGUGCGGCCGCCCAGCCCCGCUCCGCCCGCCGCCUUCUGGGCUCCCGAGGAUGGAGGACUCCCGGGAGACGUCGCCGUCCUCCAACAACUCCUCGGAGGAGCUCAGCUCUGCCCUGCAGCUGUCCAAGGGCAUGUCGAUCUUCCUGGACAUACUGAGGAGAGCAGAUAAAAAUGAUGAUGGAAAAUUGUCCUUUGAAGAAUUCAAAGCGUAUUUUGCAGAUGGUGUUCUGAGUGGAGAAGAAUUACAUGAGCUUUUCCAUACCAUUGAUACACAUAAUACCAACAAUCUCGACACAGAAGAACUAUGUGAAUAUUUUUCUCAGCACUUGGGUGAAUAUGAGAAUGUACUAGCAGCACUUGAAGACCUAAAUCUUUCCAUCCUGAAGGCCAUGGGCAAAACAAAAAAAGACUACCAAGAGGCCUCCAACUUGGAACAAUUUGUAACUCGAUUUUUAUUGAAGGAGACCUUGAAUCAGCUUCAGUCUCUCCAGAAUUCUCUGGAAUGUGCCAUGGAAACUACUGAGGAGCAAACCCGUCAAGAAAGGCAAGGGCCGACCAAGCCAGAAGUCCUGUUGAUCCAGUGGCCUGGAAAGCGAUCAAGUCGCCGAGUCCAGAGGCACAACAGCUUCUCCCCCAAAAGCCCCCAGUUCAGUGCCUGUGGUCCAGGCUUAUUAGAAGAAGACAACCAGUGGAUGACCCAGAUCAAUAGACUCCAGAAAUUAAUUGAUCGACUGGAAAAGAAGGAUCUCAAACUUGAACCACGGGAAGAAGAAGUUAUUGAAGGGAAUACUAAAUCUCACAUCAUGCUUGUGCAGCGUCAGAUGUCUGUGAUAGAGGAGGACCUGGAAGAAUUCCAGCUUGCUCUGAAACACUAUGUAGAGAGUGCUUCUUCCCAAAGCGGCUGUUUGCGCAUUUCCAUACAAAAGCUUUCCAAUGAAUCUCGCUACAUGAUUUAUGAGUUUUGGGAGAACAGUAGUGUGUGGAAUAGCCACCUUCAGACGAAUUAUAGCAAGACAUUCCAAAGAAGUAACGUGGAUUUCUUGGAAACUCCAGAACUCACAUCUACUAUGCUAGUUCCUGCUUCAUGGUGGAUCCUGAACAACUAGAUGUUCCUAGACAUUUUCCUCAUGGUUCCGAGUGAAAAACAAGUAUUCUCAUCUAAAAUGUGAAUUAGAAAAUUCUCUGCAGUUACUAAUCUACACUAUACUUUUACUAUAUUUAAGACGUGCACUCUUCUAAAAUGUCUUCUAGAUCUUUCAUGUGAAUUUUAGCUAACUUUUUGAAGUCUGCUGUUUUGCUACAUUGUAACCUAAAACCCUUUCAUGGCAAAAUCCUAAUAUGUGAAACAAGUGUACACAUAAAGGAACAAAUUUGUGAAAAAGAAGUGAUAAAAAAUAAUUAAAGUGGGAACUUUUAGAGUAUAUAGGAUAGCUUCUGUGGAUUUGUCAUAAGCUAGGGGUUAAAUCAGUGUUUUGUCAUUUUUAAGUAACUGGUUUUCUGUGAAUGAAGCUUAUAUUCUUCAGUAACGCUCACUGUAUUCCCAACCCACGAUCUUUCGAGUACUCACUUCACUGAAAAACGCUAAUACAUGCUCCAAAAUGGUGUCCUUAUGUGCAGAGAGAGCAACGGCAGGGAUGCAUGUGCACAGAGAAAAGGCCACAUGAGGACACAGUAAGAAGGUGCCAGCAGCAAACCAAGGAGAGAGAGGCCUCAGAAGAAAUCAACCCUGCUAGCACCGUGGUCUUGGACUUCCAGUCUCUAGAACUGUGAGAAAAUGCCUUUCUGUUGUUUAAGCUAAAAAGAAAAGAAGUUGAUACAGGAGUAUACAACAAUCUUGGCUAUAAUCUACACUCUCUAUAUACCUGUCAGGUUAGAAACUGGUUUUUUUGCAAGUGAACAAUUCGGUAAUAGUUAGGGUACCAUUUAGUAACGGAACUUGUAUAGUUCUAUAAUGAUCUAUAGUUAUAUCAUUUAUUAGCAUCAUAAUUCCCUGUAUGUAAGUUCAACAAAUCAAGAAAAGAGGACAGUCUUAGUUUGAGAAAAUCAGGUUCAAAUUUUUGGCACAUGAUCCAGAGGACUAAAUUUCUUAUUAAAAAAUAGACAUUUGCACUUAAAUAAUGAGUUCAAAAUAUUUAAAAAACAAAACUUUAACCUCAGUGAACAAAGAAGAACUAUACAUUAAGCACAAAACUUUAGGGAAGGUAUUGGACAGAAAACAUUUCCCAGUCUCAGCACUAGAAUGACAACAGCUCUAAUGUCACUAGAACAGUUAACUGUGUCCCUAAUAUGCUCUGCUGUACAAGCUCAUAUAUUACAUAUUUUUAAUAGAAUCUAUUCCGGUAAAUGCUGCUAGUGAAAAUCCAGUACAUAUGGGAGUUUGUUACCAUGUUAUUCUCUAAUCCAAAUUCCUUUGAAGCCAUAGGUCUUCAAGGAAAAAACUUUUUUUUUUUUUUUUUUUUAAAUUUUAGAAAUCCCAAAAGGACAAAAUAAAAAUAAAAUUUUUUAAAUAUAAAAUUUGACCUAAAAUAUUUUCUCCAACUAAUUUAUGAAAUACUAACUUCUGUCACUACCUUUGUAUGCCCUCAUUCACUCUAAAUUAUUUUUUUCAUAGUUUCUACUAGACAAGGGCAGUAAAUUUUGACAUAUAUACACAUAUACACACACACAAAUGUGUGUGCAUGUGUACAUAUGUGUGUAUGUCUUUGGUCAUUUCUAAAGAUGACAAACACUAUGAAACAACACCUGGCUCAACUCUUUUAAUUUAUAUACAAAGCAGAGAACAUGAAUGGAGUUGUACAAUGAUUAUUCAAACAAACUAUACACAUGUACAAAA